AUGGCUCCUAAGGAAAUGAUAGAAACCGAUCCAAACCUGGCGACACUAGAGUCGAAAUGGCAGACCAUUCGCGUCCAGAGGUUGCCUCAUGACACGCGUGCUUUGUUCCCGGCACGCGGGUGCCUUCGAAGCUCGAACAGAUAUAAUUUCGCAUCUCAGUUUAGGAAAAUAGCACUUAACGAUUUCCCACUCAUUUCAACACCUCAUGUGAAUGCCAACGGAGAUGGUAGCUCGACUCGUAGCUUCCACAGCCAGUCAGCCAAACCAGCAAAAGGAAAAGAGCUCCGGCCAACAACAGAAGGGCAAGGUGGACUUGUCCAGAAAAGAGUGUUCAUCAAAACGAACACAACAAUCACUCCUCCACGCCACAUCGGGCGUGUCGGCAAUCCUGCCUACGACAUUCAACGGUCACGAUGGCCUAAGGCGCUUCACCUGCGAAAGAAUAAUAUCGCCGGGUGGACCGAUUCCUGGGUACCAUCAUCGCUUAUUGGCUGGCUCAACUACGGGCUCUUGGUGUCGUUCGACCGCAAGUGCGAGAAUGAUUUGCACGGAUGUGGCUCCGUUGCGACCUUUUGCAUUUUACACUCGUUGAGGAAUUCAGGUCUGGUACGCACGAGUGCCACAGAGAAUGGCGUGAGAAGGAAAGCGACAUGGAGCCCGGAUGGCAAGACGAAAUGCCGCGUAGGCAGAAAUGAUGAGGAAAUGGUGCGAUAA